GAAGGCUUGUCUUCAUUUCGUUUCUGUCAGCGAAAUACGAGGAACGCAUUUUUGUAAUUCUGUAAAUUCUCCAAUUGUUACCUACCCGUGUUCUUCCUUUAUUCUGCAAAUGAAGACAAAUUAAUUGAUUCUUUGUGUAUGUGUUUGUUUUGUUUAGUUUUCACGCAAUAACGAGCUGGAACAGCGGUUAAAGAGAGGGACAACAACACAACUAGGGGCAUUGCUUUGUUCCGAUUUUAACAAAAAAUAAACCAACAAAAACUUAACCAAAAUGGACAAUUUAGAAAAAAGAUCUACACCAGACGAGGAACAUGAAUUGCCAGAAGAGGAGGAAGUGGAUCCGAGAAUACAGGGGGAACUUGAAAAACUGAAUCAGUCGACAGAUGACAUCAAUAGAUGGGAAACAGAACUGGAGGAAGCCCGUCAGAAGUUCCGCUCCGUAUUGGUAGAAGCUACAGUCAAGCUUGAUGAGCUGGUGAAGAAGAUUGGAAAAACUGUGGAAGAGUCCAAACCUUACUGGGAGGCCCGCAGAGUAGCCCGGCAGGCUCAGCUGGAAGCUCAGAAAGCCACUCAAGAUUUCCAGAGGGCCACCGAGGUGCUGCGAGCCGCCAAGGAGACCAUUGCACUGGCAGAGCAGAGGCUGCUGGAGGAUGACCAGAGGCAGUUUGACUCUGCCUGGCAAGAAAUGCUCAAUCACGCCACCCAGCGGGUAAUGGAAGCUGAGCAGACGAAGACCCGGAGUGAGCUGGUGCACAAGGAGACUGCAGCCAAGUACAACGCUGCCAUGAGCCGCAUGAAGCAACUGGAGAAGAAGCUCAAGAGAGCCAUCAAUAAGUCAAAACCAUAUUUUGAACUGAAGGCAAAGUACUACCUGCAGCUUGAGCAACUGAAGAAGAAUGUGGACAAGUUGCAGGCCAAGCUGUCCCUGGCAAAAGGCACAUACAAGACAGCCCUGAAGAACCUGGAAAUGAUCUCAGACGAGAUCCACGAGAGGAGGCGGUCCUCAGCCAUGGGCCCACGGGGCAGAGGGGUGGGGGCUGAGGGAGACAGUAACUCUGGGGAGGACAUCUCUAACUUCAAGCUGGAGUCCGAUGACAUCUCCAUGACCUCGGAGGUGUUUGAGGAUGAUAACUGCAGCAGUGUUGUAUCGGAAGAGGAUUCUGAGACCCAGUCCAUAUGCAGCCUGAGUUCAGGCCUGACCAGCCCCGUGGAGUUACCUUGCUCUUUCCCUCAUUCCUCCCGGCCCAGCAGCCUGGACCUGACCAGCCCGGUGUCACUCUCUGAUUUCGGGCUGCUCUCCCCAGUCCUGGGGCCUCGUAGUGAGUGCAGUGGAGCUUCGUCUCCAGAGUGUGACCUUGAACGAGGGGACCGAGCAGAGGGUGCUGAAGAUGAGCUUCAGAACGUGGUUAACAACAAGAAGAAAAGCAGCAGCCUGAUGAGCCGAAUGAGCCGUCUCGCUCUGAAACGCAACAAGACUGACAACCAGAAGAGAGAUCACUUCAGCCUGGCCCAGCACCCAUCUGCCUCUGCAGUAUUAGUGAACGGAAUCUGACCUGGAAUUCUCCACUUCACAAAGCCCCAAAUGUGCCAAGGAACAUUGUGCUAACAAUCUUUAUUCUUGAUGAUCUCUCAUCUUUAAGCUUUCUUGUUAUUAAGAACUCCACUGAAAGGUUUUCUUUCAUACACACACACACUUACCAUAGCAAUGUAAUUUGUCAGUUUUACUACCAUAAUGCUUACAUACAUUGUAAGUAGGACUUGCGUACGAUCUUUUGCAAUGUGUAUUCUCUUGUAUAAUGAUAGUAUUAAGCCUUAUCAGCUCUGUCUCAUACUCUAGCCUGUUUGUUUGUCCUUCUGAUGACCUGCACUGAUGUUUACAUCUUGCUCUAGAGAAAGCAAGUCCUCAGUUGGGUUGCUAUGUAUUGCCACCUACAGCAGAGAACUACUGAUCACAUGACACAUCCUUCACAGACAGCAUGACUGAAACAAGUACUUUUUAACCAUAUAAUGGUACACUGAAUUGGUAUUGUGAAUGAAAGCCUUUCGCCCUUGUUAUUUCCCAGAUGUAGAUUUCCGAUGGUGUUCAUUCAUACCUAGCAUUGGAGAUGAAGACUCACAUAGACAAGGCGUUCAGUGAAAAAUAUGGACAUGUUUUGCUGAUGUACCAGAUGCAUUCUCUUAUGCUAUAGUGGCCAAUGUCUCUCUCAUGUUUUCAAAAGGUUGUUGUCCAAGCACCACCAGAAAUGCACACCAAAUUAGACUGUUAGUUAUUUGUGUUAAAUGUCUGAAAAGAAAGGAAAACGCUGAAACAUAGUUUCAUCUGAAAGAGCCUAGCCAGUUAAAUUUUUCUUUGUUGCCAGACCAAGAGCUGUUAACCACCAAGUAGGAAACCAACAAGCAAAAAUGACUGGAAGGUAGUGCACAUGACAUUGGGCUAUAGGCAGACCAUCCAUUUAUUGACUAGUUUAUAAACCUCUGUGACCCACUCUAGACAUCAGUGCUCCACUUAAUUUGCAAUUGUCACUUCAGAGCAGGGAUUCCUCUGUCUCUUCCAAUUUAAGGAGCCUGCUGCCUGCUGCCAGCGCGCCAAAUCUCCCAGGGGGCUGAGCUGUGUUCAGCAAUACAUAGUAAAACCUUGAGCAUGAACGGCAAUUACAAAAAUAGUGAUAGUAGACAUCAUUGGUAACUUUUGAAUGCAAUGAUGUGCAGUGACCUAGCAGACAGAUUUUUUUGGCUAAGGACUGAAUUAUUUAUAAAACUUUUGCACAGCUUUGUUUUUUUUAUUAUUUUUUUUUCUUUUCUUUUUUUAGUUUAUGUAUGUAUGUAUUAUUGUAUUUUGAAGUAUAUACUGUAAAUCUAUAUUUCCAUUGUGUUACUUAUAUUGUGCAUAUUGCCAUAACAUGGAAGGUUGUCUUGCUGACCCCUGUCCAAUUCUCUCAUAUUACAGAAUUGCAAAUGAUACAUUGAAAUUUCGUUCUGUUCGAUAUUUUAUUUUAAAACACUG